AUGGAAUCCAAAGCCGAAAAUGCAACUGACUUGAUCGAUACUUCGGGGGAUGACGCAAUGGGACCAAGUUACAGUCAGGUUCUGGGAGCUACAUCAGGGCUAGCUGGUAUCCUGGGCAAUGGCCUGGUCUGCUUCGUCAUGCUCAGGUAUCGUUCCGCUUUCAGCUCUGUUACCAGUAAGCUGAUGCUUCACCAGUCCGUCGUGGACUUCGUAUUCUCGGCUCUGAUGUUGUCCACUCGGCUUUAUACCCCUUGGACCAGCUUUUACUGCCGCUUCUUUCGCGGUUGGCUGUAUUGGACCCUCGCAAAUGUCUCCAGCUUUAGCCUACUGCUCAUCUGCUGUGACCGUUACGUAGCAGUCUGCCACGCCGCUAAGUACCGCCGAUGGUUCUCCUUCAAGCGCGUCAUGAUAGGCCUGGUCUUCGUGUGGCUGCUCCCGAUUCUCUGGCAGUUCUACACGUUUCUCUACUACACGCCCGACGGAGCAGCCUGCGUCGCUGUCUGGCCUGAAGGCUCCUCCAGUGUCCAACUCGGCUUUGGUGUGGCCACAUUCUGCUGGGAGUACGUCUUACCUCUGGCUCUGAUCGUCGUCACCUACGGCCAGACAAUUCUGGCUCUUCGUAAACGGCUUCGGGUGAAGGCGAACCAGGCUGCUACUGAACCAUCGACCAGCCGUCACAACCCAGCAGGCAACCGGGCAAAGAAGGAUCGUCUGCAAACUGCCAAGGUGAAGCUGACCAUAACCUUCCUGGUUGUAGCCAUCUUCUUCGUCAUCUGCUGGGGUCCCGCGGAGAUCACCUGGCUCCUCUUUAAUUUUGAAAUCCUGCCUUUGUCCUACUACAGCACCCUGUGGCAUUGGGCUUUUUCUUUGCCUCUCCUGUGUCUCAACUCCGUAGUGAAUCCCAUCAUCUACUUCGUGACUUACACUCACUUUCGAAAGCACCUCAUCAAGGCUCUGCGUGGAGGGUGCAAGUUCAACAGAGUCGAGAAUGGAUCGGUUGAGAAUGGUACCGAACAGAGCCCAGACACUGAGUCCAAUUCCACCAAGAAAUCGGUAAAAGUACCAACAGUGUCUGCAUCCAUCUCUCAAAACUAA